AUGGGUCAUAUUUUAAUCCUUUUACAUUUAUUCAACAGGAACGUUCGUUUACCUACAAGGCAGUUGUUUGAGUAUUUGCUGAUCAGAAUAUUUGGGAUAUUCCAGCUGCUGCUCACAAUUGACGAUCUGUGCCUUGCGGUUGGAAAGAUUCUUAUUGGAAAUCUCAAAAGAGGUUAUGACUACAAGGCUGCAUUGGCAUUUCUCCCAGCUGUAGCAAGACUAAGAGUGCUCACUCUUUACUACGCUCAACAUCUGGCUUAUUUGUAUGAUGAAGUUUUCCCGACUCUUCAGUACUUGAAAGGUCGUUCAAGGUUCAGCUUGUGUCAGAGUUCAUCUCUAUCACAAGAACUGAUAGAUCACUGCCAAUAUGAAAAGGAUGAGGAUACAAGGAGUGUAACUUCACAGAAGAUUGAAUCAGGAGUUUUGGAUAUUUUUGUGGAGUCCAAAGAGAUGCCCCUAGAAGUAAGUGAUAUAUUAUCAAGAUUUGGAGAGAAAUUUGGUUUUAAGGUAUGCAGUGAUGAUGACAAGGAUGAUAGUUCAAGUGAUGAAACACAUGAUACAAAUUACCUUAAGAAUGUGAGUGGUUUUACACCAAAAGUUGAGGUUUCAAAAAAAGUUAUGGGUCUUUCUGAACCUCAAACAAAGAAAGAACUAAAACUUUCGGAGAAGGAGAAAGAUCUUAUAAGUCUACUUGAUAUUCUUAAUGAUAAUCUGGAUGAGAAUACAACAGGGUCUACUUUAAAUAGUCAUGAAUACAAUGAAAAAUCAGAGAGUAAGACUAAGAGUUCAUUACAUGUCGACUCUUUAAUGAGGUCAGAAGAUCUUGGGGAAAUCAUUGAUAGUAAUAAAACAGGAAAUAAAAAGAAGAAAGAUAAGCAAAAGAAAAGAAAGAUUAGUGAAUGUGAAGUUUCUGGUAAGAAUGCAGUUGAGGAGGGAAAAGGUGUGAAGAAAAAGAAAAAGCUUUUACAUCAGUCUGGUUCUGUAGCUACAGAUGGAAAGUUAAGUAAGAUGACUGUUAAUGAUAAAGAUGAGAAAGUGGAAUCAAACUUUAGUCUUAAAAAGAAAAAACGUAAACAUGAUACUGUUAAUGAUGAAGAUGAGAAAGCAGAAUCAAACUUUAGUCCUAAAAAGAAAAAACGUAAACUUGAUAAAGGUCGUGAUUGUUUAGUUUCUUUGGCAGAAAAUGAAAGGAGAAUUGUGAAAAACAAAAAACACAAAAGUCAGACUAAAGCUGAAGAUGAUGAUAGAGUUCAAAAUAGAUUAGAGGAUUGGGGAAUAGCAACAGAAUCUAAUGUAUCACAAAAUAAUCAUGAAUCAACUGAAAUAAGGAAAAAGGAAAAAAGUAGCUUCCAUAUGAAAAAAGAUAAAAAGAAAAAAUGUAAAAAAAUGGAUGACCAAAGUAUUGUAGUCUGUGUUCCCAAUGAACUUUCCAUUGAUAGUGUAAUAGUGAAUAAAGACAAAACUGUGAAAAAGAAAAAAAAAAAAAAAGGUUCAUUUGUGAAUGAGGCAUAUGACAAGAAUAGUAUCUGAAAAGGAGUAAAAAACAAGGUAAUUGUUCUAUUGUUUGAAAAGGAGAAACUCAAUUGCAGAAACAAGAAAGAAGUAAGGUACUGAAGACAGGUGAAGGAAUGUUUAAGGUUGUUUAAUGUAGGUGACUAUGUAUAAGGAUGCAGAUGGGAAUACAAGCUGUGUAUUGUAAAGAUGUAUAAUUUCGGACUGCAAUGAAAGGCAAUAGGUAGCUGUGAUAAAACAUCUACCUUUGAUAAUUGGAUAGGAUAAAUUGAAUUAUAGCAUUGUUAUUAUAAAAGAACAGGAAAGAAAGUUUAUAACUAUAUCUAAUAAGGAUAUAUGACAUGAAAUUAAAUAAUUGUCAGUGUGGAAAUGAAUAAAUAUCGGUUUAUUAUACAUA